GUAACAACCGAAAACCGACCAGUUUUAUCAGCACCGAACGGAAGUGCUGCUGUUCAUCGCUUCGACGAAAAGAAUGCACCAAAACUAGGUUCGAGCGAAAUUAUUAUGAUGGUGGCGGACUUUGUAACACGCCAGCAGAACGGUUCGCCGCUGAACGGUGAAAUACCCGGCCAAAAUCACAACUCCAAUUCCAAUAUGCCUGCCCACAGUGCCUUACUGAUGAGCAACAACAGCAGCAACAGCAACAGCUCGGGCCGUGCCAGCCCGCACACCUCCUCGGAGUCUGAGUUUCCGCAGAACGGCUACGAGCUGGCGGCCCAUCUGAAGCGCAAGGAGCUGUUCUCCCAGCGCAAGCAGCGCGAAUUCAUCCCGGACAACAAGAAGGACGACAGCUACUGGGACCGGCGGCGACGCAACAACGAGGCGGCAAAGCGAUCGCGCGAAAAGCGCCGCUUCAACGACAUGGUGCUGGAGCAGCGUGUCGUCGAGCUGACGAAAGAGAACCACGUGCUGAAGGCGCAGCUGGACGCGAUCAAGAGCAAGUACAACAUCUGCGGUGAGAAUUUGGUCAGCGUCGAUCAGAUUAUGGCCACGUUGCCCACGAACGAGCAAGUGCUCAGCUCGACCAAGCGCGUCAAGCUGGCGAAUGGUCAGGGACGGUCGGUUUCGCCGGCUGGUUCCACAAUCGGAUUCCCCCUUUCGCGCAGCCCCUCGCGUCAACCUCAGGCUACCUCUCCCUCGCAAUCACACGGACGUGCCUCAUCGCCGCACAGUCCUCCGGCAAGCAAUGGAACGCCGCAUCUUCAGCAGACGCUGUUGGCGGUGGUACAGAAUGGCGGCCCUACAACGACGACAUCUCCGUCGAUUCCUUCCUCCCAGCAGGCACCAGUAAUCCAUCCGAAUCCGAACGUGGAAUCUCCACCGCCUGCUGCUUCCGGUUCAUCGCCCACGGUAUCUUCGGUUGGUGCUAUCCAGCACACGAACGGAGGACCAGCCUAUCUGUCACCGGUCCAUGCCAUCUACCGGAACGGUGCGAUCAUCGAGUACGAGCGAGGCACGGAGGGCGGUGGCAAGUUGUCGGUGCUGGAAGGUGGCAACAGUCGCAGCCCUUCCCAGAUCCGACUGGAGCUGAUCGAACGUAACCUGGACGAUCAUCACAAUCUGCAGCAACAGUUGGCACAGCAACAGCAGCAGCACCAUCAUCAGUUGGCUUCUUCGUCCCAGCACCAUCACCACUACAGCCAUCAUUCGCGGGAAGUGAUCCGGGAGUCGGUGAUCGAUCACCAUCAUCCUUCCCACCAUCACCACCCUCAACACCACCAUCAGCCUCAGCAUCAACCACAUCCACACCAGCUGCAUCUCCACCAGCAGCAGCAGCAGCAGCAACAGCAACAGCAGCAGCAACAUCCUCACCAUCUCCAUCAGCGAGUGUUGGUGUCGAACGGUGACCUGGAUCGGGAUGAGCGUUCCCCAUCUCCAACGUUGACACCGUCAGCCGCACCGCGUUUCGGUUCACCCACCACCACCACCACAACCUCAUCUUCCGCCCCGAUCUCAUCCACGUCACCGCCGACGAUCAUCUCGAGUACGAGUCCGGCAGGAUCGCCACCAGCACAUGUUCCGAUUGCGGCACAUGCCCACUCGCAUCCCUACCCGCCCCACCAUCCGCAUCACCACCACCCGCACCACAUACCCGCACAUCAUGCCCAUCCGCCACACUUUGUCGUGGGGGCAAGCUCUCCGUACGCGAGCUCUGCCCUUCCCGCAAGUGGAUAUCCGCUGACGGCUGCUGCUGCCGCGGUGGCGGCCUACGCUAGUGGAGCAGGUGCACUGUAUGCGUCACCGCCGCGAACUGAAAUCACGAGCGCACUGCUGACCGCGAACGUACUCAAUCUGAGCCGACGUGCACCAUCCCCGUACGACUCAAGCCCACCACAAACGGCUUCCUCGACCGCCAGUGCCGGUAGCACAUCGGGAGGCGAGGAAGAACCAGAACGCGAACGGGAAAUGCACGAACAUGCGAACAGUCUGCCGGUGAAACUGCGCCACAAGUCACACCUGGGUGAUAAGGAUGCGGCAACCGCUCUGCUAGCGCUGCAAAACAUCAAACAGGAACCGAUCGGUCAUCGGUCGAGUUCGCCGGCCUGGGACGAUGGUGACGGUUCAUCGGACGAGCGUGACUCGGGCAUCUCCACCAACGAGUGGCCUACAAAGGCGGAACAGAAGAUGAUGGUACCGCUACCCGGUUCGCCACCGUCUGCCAGCGCUUCCAGUGGUAGCGCAUCAUCCGGUGGAGCGAUCGUGAGUACGGCGGCAAUGGCAGCGGCCGCUGCAGCAGUGGCUGCGGCAGCCGCCGGCAAGAUCACCUCCAUCCCGGCGUCGGUUGUGAUCAGCAAAAAGGCGGAGGAAAACAUUCACCUUCAGUCGAAGCUGGCACGGCUCGAGUCCGAGGUGGCCACCAUCAAGAACAUGAUGAUCUCGAACACGACGGGAAGUGGGUUCGGCGUAACGGCGGCAGCUCAGUAGCGAGCAUCGUCGCCACAGUUG